UCGGGGGGACAGCGAUGCUGAGGUUACUCCUGGCCUGGGUGGCCCUGGGGCCCACCCUGGCUCAGGGUCCCGGGCCCACGGAGGAGGCUGCAGCCUCCUGUGGCCCGACUAGCUGCUACGUGGUCUUCUACAGGCGCAGGACCUUCUUGGAGGCCUGGAGGGCCUGCCGCGAGCUAGGGGGCAACCUGGCCACCCCGAAGACCCCAGAGGAGGCUCAGCGUGUGGGUCUCCUGGCAGGCCGGCAGGCCGAAGAGGUCCCCGGACAGCUCCUGUGGAUUGGACUCCAGCGGCAACCCCGCCAGUGCCAUCCUCAACGCCCUCUGCGGGGCUUCACCUGGACCACCGGGGACCAAGACACAGCUUUCACCAACUGGGCUUCGCCUGCCGGUCUCGGGGCCUGCCCGGCCUUGCGCUGCGUGGCCAUGGAGGCCGGGGGCAGCCAGCUGUGGCGUGAGGGCUCCUGCACCCUUCCUGUGGACGGCUACUUAUGCCAGUUUGGUUUUGAGGCAGCCUGCCCGGCACUGACCAUUGAGGAGGGCCAGGACGGCCCCACACUCUACACCACGCCCUUCCAGCUGGUCACAGACACCCUGGACUGGCUGCCCUUUGGCUCCGUGGCUGACGUGCCCUGCUUGGAGGGUGGCAGCACUUCGCUGCUUUGUAUGCAGAGGCCCGAGGGUGGCGUGGGCUGGUCCCGCAGAGGGCCAGUGUGCCCAGGUCCGAGGCCCGGCGUGGCUGGCUGCGCUCUGGAUAACGGAGGCUGUGAGCAUGAGUGUGUGGAUGAGGCCGGUGGGAGAGUGUCCUGCCGCUGCGCUGAGGGGUUUCGUCUGGACGGUGAUGGGCACAGUUGUGUGGACCCCUGUGCCGAGGCCCCAUGUGAACAGCAGUGUGAGCCAGGUGGGCCUGGCGGUUACAGCUGCCACUGUCGCCUGGGCUUCCGGCCGGCGGAGGACGAGCCUCACCGCUGCCUGGACACAGACGAGUGCCAAAUCCCCGGUGUGUGCCAGCAGAUGUGCGUCAACUACGUUGGAGGUUUUGAAUGCUAUUGCAGUGAAGGGCACGAGCUAGAACCUGACGGCAUCAGCUGCAGCCCCCUGGGAGCAGGGCAGGGGGCCCUGGGUGGGGAGUCGCAGGAAGAGGAUGACGAUGAGGAAGAGGAGGAGGAGGAGGAGGAGGACGAGGCCUGGGACAGCUUUGAUGGGGGCUGGACCGAGUCCCUUGGGCCCCUGUGGUUGGACCCCACAAGACCACCGCUUGCCUUUGAGCCACCAUUCAGGCCCCUGCUUCCCCAUGUCAGCCCCACGCGGCCACCUCUCUUCAUCCCCCCCAGAUCUCCCUACCGACCCCCACUACUCUCAAUCACCCACCCCCCCAGGCUUCCCUCCACACACCACCCGUUGCCCCCUGCCCACUGGCUCCCCAUGAUCCCUGCAACCCACCCCGCUGUGCCCCCAGCCUACCAGCUCCCUAUCUUCUCUGCUACCCACCCUCCUGCUCAUAAGCUUCCUGCCAUCCCUGUUUCCCAACCCCCUUUGCCUCCAGUCCACAAACCUCCGCUGGGUUCUACCACUCACUUUCCCAUGCCCUCUGCACACCAGCUCCCUCCUCACUCUGCCACUAAAACUCCCUUGCUGCCUACCCAGCAUUCCCCUAGCCUUCCUACCAACCCUCCCACUUUGCCUCCUGCUCAUAGACACCCUGCAGCCCCUGGUGCCCACCGACCUGUGCCCUCUGCCCAGCAGCCCCCUCUGGUUUCUGCAACCAAGCCUCCUCUACCCUUCACCUCUCCGCUAACCUUGAUCACCAGCCCCCACAGGCCUCUGCACCCAGCUCAUUCAUCCCCUGGGCUUACUGCCACACGGUCCUUUCUCCAGCCCGCUCUCUCUCUUCCCCUUCCCACAGACCAGGCCCCACAGGCCCCCACUUCCCAAUCACCCAGACCCCAAACUUCAUCCCCCCUGGCCCCAGCCCCUUUGACUCCUGAAGCUCUCAGCAAGCUUCUGGCCUCUCCUACCCCUUCUCCUUUGCUACCAGGGACCCCUUCCUAUCCCCCCAGCAGCCCCCCAGACCCCGGUCCAGCCCUGGAUGUUCUGGGGUCCUCUCUGCCACCUCCCACAGCCCGGAGCCGGAGUCGCAGGGAUGACCGCUGGCUGCUGGUGGCCCUCCUGGUGCCCACCUGUGUGUUUUUGGUGAUUCUUUUAGCUGUGGGUAUUGUAUACUGUACCCGCUCUGGGCCCCGGGCCCCCAACAAAAGCAUUACAGACUGUUACCACUGGAUCACAAACUCGGGGGCCAAAGGGGAGACUGAGCCCAAGGGGGGCAGCCUGUCAGGGGUCAUGACCUGCAGAACCAGUGUGUGAUUGGUGGGAAGGAGGAGGACAGGAACCCCUCCCUCCUUGGACCUACAAGGAGCUAGCCCCUCUCCCAUGGAACUGGGGACAGGGGACCCCUAUUAGACUGAAGCCCAGGAAACUGCAUCCCGGGACCGGUGAGGGAAUCAGCUGUCCCCUUCAGUCCCAAGCUCACUACUACUCCCCAUAGGGUUGGGGGAACCCAGGUAUGCUGCCCCUUCACCCCUAGCUCGCCUCCAUGGACACACCUGGCCCAGCUCUCCUGCCAGGACCCAGGCAUCAGCCCACUGCACUCACUGUGGGGCACCAGGCCUCCUGGUCUGCUCUGCCUUCUCUGCUCACACUUUUCCAGUCCCUAGGCCCACCUCCAAGCCUCCCACCCAGUGGAAAUUGCUUGGCUCCAGGACCCUUUCAGGGCUUGGGGAGCACGAGGAGGUUGGUGGGAGGGGAAUCUCACCUGGACUGGCCAGGUCCUGGAAUAUUCCAAUAAAUGGGGUGGUGACCCUUA